AUGGAUAAAGUUUAUAAUAUGAAUACUCCUUUUUGUGGGUAACAUCCAGAAAACCAAGCUAUCUAUAUAAAAGCUUCAUUAGAUAGCAAUCAAAUUUUUAAAUGCUAAGAGUGCAUAUUAGAGGAUACAUAUAAUAAAGAUUAUUUGUCUAUAAAAACAAUCAGCAAAUGUUAAGACGAAUACAUUUUUAUGAAUUGGCCUCCUCUUGAGGACUUAGGGAUUCUAAGCGAAAUUAGAGGAGCUUUUUAAUAUAGAUCAGAUUUAAUCAAAGGAAUUGAGCAAGCAUUUGAUGGUUUAAUUAAAGAAAUAGUAGAUGCUUUAGAGCAAAAGAAAAAGGCAGCAAUGUAGACAGUUAUUAAUGAAAGUGUGAAGUGGGAUGAAAUACUUAAAGUAUAUAAUGAUACAGCAGAGAAAAAGAAAUUAAAAUAAAUUAUAAAGAUAGAGAAGUAAAAUAUGGAAUGCAAACUUGAUGAUUUAAGGUGCUUUAUUUCAGAAAAGAUAUAGCAAAAAUAGCAAAAUACUAAAAUUCUAUAGCAAUAGCUUGAUAAAAUUAAAGAAUAUUAGAUUUUAUAGAUGGUUGAUAUGAAUCUAUUUAAGCACUCAAUAGUAAGGUAAUUGGAAGAAUUUAAUCCUCUUACAAAUAAGAGAAAAAAUUCCUAUGAAUAAAUUGAUGAGGUUAAAAAAUAGCUAAAUUUUUUGAUUGGGAAUAAACUCAACCAUGUUAGGCCUUCAUUCAUAUAGUAAUUUAAUAAUUUGUUUGAUAAAGUUAGCUACGCCUUUUUAGAAUUGCAAAUAGAUGAUAUUUUUACAAGCAAACCCUUAAAUUACAUGAUAUUAAUAGAAGAUGAAGCUCUCUACAUAUAAAAAAUAGCUUAAUAAAUGAUAAAAGAUAAGGAAAACAUGAAUAUUGUUUCAUAGAUUUAUGAAAAGGCGAUGAAUUGUAACUAUGACCAAUCAAAUUUAAUUUAAGUGGUCGAAAAUAUUUAUGAAAAUAUAAUAUAAAUAUAAAAGGAUAAUGAAGAUGUAUAUGGAGGAAUAUAUUUUAAAUAUGAGUUGACCAAAAAUAAAAAAUAUGUUGUUAGGUUUAGAUUUAAUGAUUAAGCAGGAGACUGUUUCAUAAUAGGUUUAGUUAGUAAAAGCAGCACUACUUAUGAUUUAAAUAAAACACAUCAAGGUAAACUCUUUUGCAAUGAUAACAUUCACUAUUGCGGUAAUGUGAUUUAAGGAGAUCUCUUUUAUGAAAUUCAAAAAGAUUAGGUCAUAGAAAUGAGGGUAGAUAUUCAAGCAUAACAAAUUUAAUUUUUAGAUUAUCCAAACUAUUAGAAAGUUAACUAACUAAAUGAGGAAUAUAAGCUCAAUUCAGAGGAAACUUAUUAUAUAGCUCUUCACUUUGGAAUUAACGAAAAAUACAAAACAAGAAUAGAUUUAAUUUAUUUUUAAGAAAUUGAUUACUCUUGA